GCCGUCUCAGAAGCCGGAACGUUUCGUGUGCACGUCUCAAGCGAUAAAGUUACUCACAGCACGCAAUUCUUUACAAAGAAUCGCCAAGCAAAUAGCCAUUUGACAACAGGGAUACUUGUCAUCGAACAGGAAAAGGGAUAGAGAGUACGCAGAAGUAUUAUCACGGUGUCACGUCUACGCGACUGACCGUUUCAACGACCGACUUUCGUAGGCGACAUCGUUGAAAGACGUAAAACGAGACACUGGGGUACACCCGACAGGGCGAUCCAUCUGUGUCGAUACACCUACGAACACCCGUUCAAUUUUCACGCUAGAAGGCGGCCGUCCAGCAGGGCGAUACCAUUUUAUAUGACUUUUCUGCGACGUCAAGAAACAUUCAGGAUAUCAUCCAGAGGGAAAGGAUCGGUGUACAGCAAAGGCGGCGGUAGUAGGACAUUGUCCAAGCGAUUUUUAAAAGGCAACAUCAUCACUUUCGACCGGUCUAAUCGUUCGUUACGAGCCACUUGUGAAUUAACCACACCAACCUUGUACCCAGGCUUUCUUAGGGGCACAAGCAACGGACAGGCAGCGUGUAUGAUCAUUGAAGACUAUCCCCCUCUGCCCACCAAACCGAGGCAAUAUUUGCAUCAAGAUACCACCCAACGAUUUCUAAAUCAUUUAGUCCUGCCUAAGCACAGGACCUCAAAAUUUUCCAGUAAUAGGCAUCGGAAGCUACAGCCGUUCAGAGAAACGUGACUGGCGUCAGCGGGUAGUGCGGCACACGUUACCGCAGACAACGAAAAUCACCCUGACUCGAUACGUAA